GUGCCUUCCGGCUGGACGGGAGGGCGCUUUUGCCAUGGAAAAUGUGAGUCUCCGACCGUGCCCCUCGCGUGUGUCGUCAUUGCAGAUCUAACCGUCAGGCCCCAGCUUGCGGAGAACGACAUGCUAGUCGACGACUAUGAGCAGUACAACAAUGAGAAGACUGAUGUCGUCGUGGUCUCUCGCGCCGGCUCCGAUGAGCCUGAUCCUGCGCCUUCUGCUGCUGACCAUGCGGCGAUGAUGGCACGAGAAUUACCUAAAAACCCUGAACUCGAGACCGAAGAGGAGGUUUUUCAUACAUGGCACAUUAAGGACUGGAGGAAGCAGGAUCGGAAGCUUCAUGGACCAGUCUUCAACUGCGGUGGAUUCCCUUGGCGAAUCCUCUUCUUCCCCUACGGGAACCAAUCGGAACAUGCCUCUUUUUACCUCGAACACGCCUGGGAGGGCAAGCCGCCAGAGAACUGGUAUGCCUGUGUGCAGUUCUCAUUGGUUUUAUCGAACGUGAAGGACCCAUCGAUCUACGUAUCCCAUACCGCGACACAUCGAUUCACCGUUGACGAGGGUGACUGGGGCUUCACUCGUUUUUACGACCUCCGAACCUUGUUCAACGAGCCAUGGGAGGGCAAAGGUGUGCCGGUAGUCCAGGACGAUGAGGCCAAUAUUACUGCCUAUGUUCGUGUGGUCAAAGAUCCUACCGGUGUUCUCUGGCACAGCUUCCAAAAUUACGAUUCCAAGAAGGAGACUGGUAUGGUCGGACUGCGCAACCAGGGUGCCACUUGUUACCUGAACUCUCUCUUACAAUCCUUGUAUUUCACGAAUGCUUUCCGCAAGGCUGUUUACCAGAUCCCCACUGAAGAGGAGGCCACUCGUGAAAACAGUGCUUGGACUCUUCAACGGUUGUUUUACAACCUGCAGACCAAUGAGACUGCUGUUUCCACAAACGAGCUGACUGUGUCUUUUGGAUGGGAUUCCCGGCAGGCUUUUGAACAGCAGGAUGUCCAGGAGCUUUCCCGGAAGCUCAUGGAGCGAUUGGAGGAAAGGAUGAAAGGCACUGUGGCAGAAAAGGCCCUUCCCGACAUGUUUGUCGGCAAAACCAAAACCUACAUCUCCUGUAUCAAUGUCGACUAUGAGUCUUCUCGGGUAGAGGACUUUUGGGACAUCCAGCUCAAUGUUCGCGGUAACAAGACCUUGGAUGAUAGUUUCCGUGAUUACAUUCAAGUGGAAACACUCGAAGGCGAGAACAAGUAUGACGCAGGCUCUCCAUAUGGCCUCCAAGAUGCGAAGAAGGGUGUCAUCUUCGAAAGUUUUCCACCUAUCUUGCACCUCCACCUGAAACGAUUUGAGUACGACCUGAACCUCCUUACAAUGAUGAAAGUGAACGACCGACAUGUUUUCCCUAUGGAAUUUGAUGCUGCCCCCUAUCUCUCUGAAAAUGCUGAUAGAUCUGAGCCCUGGACUUAUGAACUACAUGGAGUCCUUGUGCACAGUGGUGGUUUAGAUGCUGGUCACUACUACGCUUUCUUGAAGCCCACCAAGGACGGACAUUGGUACCGAUUUGACGAUGACCGAGUCAACCGAGUCACCGAGAGGGAAGUCUUGGAGGAGAACUAUGGUGGAGAGUAUGAGCUGGCCAAUGGCGCCACUGGUGUUCGACAGCCUUAUACUCGCACUUUGUCAACUAAACGAUCGAUGAACGCCUACAUGCUGGUGUAUGUCCGAAAGACACGGGUGGAUGAUGUUCUUCUUCCGAUUACGAAAGAAGAUAUCCCAUCUCACAUCGAAUCACGUUUGGCAGAAGAUCGUGCAGAGGCUCUUCGGCGCAAGAAGGAAAGAGAAGAGGCUCACUUGUUUAUGAACAUUGGUGUUCUGACCGAGAAGUCCUUCCAGUCUCACCACGGGUUUGAUCUUACCAGUAUUGAUCUUCCUGCCGAAGACCCAGCACUGCCUAAGCAGUACCGCGUUCUUCGAUCGAAGAAGGUUGGUGAGUUUGCGAAGGAAAUGGCGGAAGAACAUGAUAUCCGUGUUGAGGCGAUCCGUUUCUGGGUUAUGGUCAACCGUCAAAACAAGACCACUCGACCUGACCAGAUCAUCACUGACCCCGAAAUGACUGUCGAAGAAGCCUACAACAAGUAUGGUACCAAGGGCAACUACUUCCGCCUGUGGAUGGAGGUUUCGCCUGACGGCCAGGCCUGGCCUGAGGGCAAUGACUCUGCUCUCAUCUUCUUGAAGAACUUUGAUGUCGCGACUCAGACACUGGCUGGCGUUGGUUCUGUUUAUAUUCGCAAGAACCAAAAAGUUGGCGACUUGGGAUCAACAAUUCUUGCGAGAAUGAAUUGGCCUGUGGGUACUGAAUUCAUGCUCUUUGAAGAGAUCAAGCACACCAUGAUCGAGAUCAUGAAGCCCAAGCAGACAUUCCAGCAAUCAGAGAUCCAGGAUGGCGAUAUCAUCACGUUCCAGCGCACAUUGAAAGACUCCGAAGUCCCCCAGGCAGCUCUUUUCCCCGACGCUAGACAGUUUUAUGACCAUCUCUUAAACCGUAUGGACGUGUCAUUCGCUCCGAUCAAGUCUUCUGAGGAGCCAGGUGACUUUGUCUUGACACUCAGUCGAAAGAUGACCUACGAUCAGUUCUCAAAGAAGGUUGGCGAGCACUUGAAUGUGGACCCGACCCAUCUGCGAUUCGCGCCAGUGAUGGCCAGCACCGGAAAAGCCAAGCCUUUCCUCAAGCGUUCCAUCACUUCGACCCUCUCACAGAUCCUCAACGGCCAGUACGGUACCUAUGGCUACACCAUGCACCGCGCAGACGCCUUAUACUACGAGGUCCUCGAUAUGAGUCUCAGCGACUUUGAGAGCAAGAAGAGUUUCAAGGUCACAUUCCUACCUGACGGCAUCGCCAAGGAGGAGGUCAUCGAGGUUCUUGUAGCUCGCAAUGGAACCGUUGCCGAACUUCUCUCUGCCUUGCAGCAGAAGGUGAAGUUGGAUGAUGAGGCAUUCGGCAACAUCAGGCUGUUCGAGGCACACAAUGGAAAGUUCUCCAAGGAGAUUCGUGAGGAUUUCAACGUCUCCACCAUCAACGAAUACUCCACACUGUAUGCAGAGCGCAUUCCAGCUGAGGAAUUGAACAUGGAUGGCGACGACCGAUUAAUCAGUGCCUAUAACUUUGACCGGGAGGCUAACCGUCCUCAUGGCGUUCCUUUCAAGUUCAUCGUGAAGCCGGGCGAGAUUUUCAAGGAAACCAAGGAACGUCUGUCGAAGCGUACAGGUAUCAAGGGCAAGCCUUUCGAGAAGAUUAAGUUUGCCAUUGUACCUCGCAACUCAUUCCCAAAUGCCAAGUAUAUUGAAGAUGAUGAUAUCUUAUCUGACGUAGCGGGCUUGGAUGAUCUUCUUGGUCUUGAUCAUCCCACCAAGAGCCGCUCUUUCUGGAGUAAGAGUGAGAGUUUCUUCAUUCGAUAA